GAAGGGUAGUUUGUUUUGGUUUCAACGCCACUCAGGCGCAGUGUGUGAGUGGAGUCAGGCAGAAAGCCAAAAUGUCCUGGUUCAAAGCAAUUAAUACGAAUAAGUACAUCAAAACUGGGCCCGCCAUUACACCCGACCUCGUUUAUUGGAAGAAACUAAGCGUUCCCACACUGGUGAAGGAGUUUGGAGCGAUCGACUACAUAGAUUUCAGCCCGGUUGAGCCCCACUAUUUUGCAGUAACAUGUUCUGUGCGAGUGCAGAUAUACAACCCGAUUACCAAACUUGUAGCUAAGAAUCUGUCUCGCUUCCAAUCGAACGCAUACGGAGGCUGCUUCAGGAAAGAUGGACGCCUUUUAGUAGCUGGUGACGAGGAGGGUUUCGUGAAGUUAUUCGAUGUGUCUAGCCGAAAUGUUUUACGAUUUUUCCGCGGUCACAAGGCUGCGGUUCAUCGAACCUUUUUCACAGAGGAUUUACUUAAAGUUGCGAGUUUCUCGGACGAUAAGACCGUGCGACUUUGGGAUAUUGCCACAGAGAAAACCAUCAAUUCGUUCGAAGGACAUAGUGAUUACAUUCGAGCAGGCAGUGUUAACCCCACGUCACCAAAUAUCAUUCUGUCCGGAGGCUAUGACAAUGCCAUCAAAAUGUACGACACACGAACUGAUUCGGCCGUGUUCAGUGUCGACCAUGGCAGUCCGGUUGAAAGUUUGCUGUUUUUGCCUACGGGCGGUAUCUUUUUGAGUGCUGGAGGUACCGAAGUAAAAGUAUGGGAUGUGCUUGCAGGAGGCAAACUUUUAGCAAGACUCUCUCAACAUCAUAAAACCGUAACAACACUGAAACUGGCCAGUAAUGGAAGGCGUAUCCUAUCCGGUGGCUUAGACAGACAUGUUAAAGUGUACGAUGUGGCAACAUACCAACAGGUUCACAACAUGGACUUUCCUAAUUCGAUAUUAAGUUUGGGCGUAGCACCAGAAGACCAGACGUUAGUCGUAGGCAUGGUUGAUGGGUUGGUAUCCAUACAGAACAUGGAACAAUCUGACAAAGAAGUAAAAGUAGAAAAGAAGCGAGCCCUGAUUAGUUCGAUGCACGUGGACCAGGUUGUUCCAGAAUCCACUCACGGCACAGAGGCCAAGUAUAAUCACCAUCUUCGUAAAUUUGAAUAUUCAAAGGCGUUGGAUUGUGUUAUGCGAGCUUACGUGACACACAAGUCUCCACACAUAACGGUCAGCGUGCUACAGGAACUGAUUCAUAGAAAAGGUUUACACCGCGCCCUCGCUGGUCGGAAUCACACAUCCCUGGGCACAAUAAUUCGUUUCAUAUUAAAACAUAUUGGCGAACAUCGAUUCAUGAGGGUUCUAACAGACGCGGCUGCAGUUUUGUUGGAAGUAUACGAGGAUGAAUUUGAUCAGUUUACGGGUGAUAUCGGGAAACUUUUUAUAAACUUAGCAAAAGCCCUGAGGUCCGAGGUUGAUUUGACUUAUGAUUUGCUGGAACUCCAAGGAGCCCUGGAGCUGAUAAUAGGCGCCGCUAGCAUUUCAGAAAAUAGGGAUGAAAGCAUACAAUUCACAAAGGACACAACGAACAUACGACAAUCGGAAAAGGCGAAAGCUUCAUCAGUAGUUAGUUUGAUGUGACAAAUUUUGUAAUUUUAAUUUUAAUGUAAAAAUAGGUGCUUGAUAAAAGAAAACUUAUUGGUUUUGAAUGUUAUUCA